GCGAUGUAUACUUUUUGACGCACGGACCGGAAGUUGGUUUCGGAAGUCACAUUGAGCACUAAACCUCGGUCACGACUAAAUUAGGACCAGAGAUCAGUUACCUCAUUCCUGAUGACUGUUUUUGGCUGAUUGUUUACGAUGUUUGCCAUAAGGGUUGUCCCUCGUCUUAAUUUUUUAAGUAGAGCAACUUGUUCACUUCAAGCCCAUGCAGAAAUUUUAAAUAGAUGUAUACAACCAGGCAUUCCUGCUUACUGCUCCUCAUUACAACAGAAACCAAGAAACUACUCAACAGCAGCUGACAACACAUCUCCUCCACGAUGGGUUCAGCUUGAGCCAGAGCUGGAAGAGGCCCUUGUGCCUCGUAAGCUGUCAGUGAGUCCUCUGGAGAGCUGGCUCUCUCUGCGCUACUCCCUUCCUCCCCUGCUGGAGUCUGCUCAGCCGCAGGAGGACGUAGGGCUGCUGGAAGAGAAAGUGCUGCCACCUCUUUCUGUCCCUGUUUUGGAGGACGGGGAGGGAUCAGUGACACCUGUGACAUGUAAGAACGUUCUAGAGAUCCGUCGGCGCAAGAUGAACCGGCAUAAAUACAAGAAGCUUCAACAACGGACUAAAUUCUUGAGGAAGAGAGUGUUGGAGGGUCGGGGGAGGAAGAAGCAGAAACAGUUUGAGAAGGAUCUUGAGAAGAUUUGGAAGCGAGCUGGACUGAAAAAGGCUCCAGAUGGUUGGACAACACCUAAGAUAUUCAUUAAACAGUAUGGAAACAAAAGGAACUGAGACACGCUGACAGUGAUUCUUGUUUGGGUCACAUCCUUUGCACUGGAUGACCCUACACACCACAGUUCACUGACUACUGUCAUUCUGUUUUCAGUUAUUUAGGUGUAAUUAAAGCUUGUUUCAGCGAUGACAUA